GAGGUUAGAAUUGAAAAUCAAUAGUUGCUCUUUUAAAAAAUCGUCUUUUGAUUUGUUUUUUUGACAGACACACAAUUUCUGUUGUGGCACCGCAAUUUUCCGUGUGAUGUUAUUGUGACAUUGAUUUUUUUGCCCUUCGAAUAUGUAGAAAACGAAUUACAUCUGAUGUUGAAAUGAUUUUUCAACGGUGUCAUUUUCAUAUUUGACUGUACACAUUCAUCAUAUUCCCGUCUCUUUUGCACAAUUAUAUCAAAGCACAGUCGUUUUCAGGAAAAAAACAAUUUCUUAUCUGAAUUUUGUUGAUGUCAUCGUGAUACGAGCUUUGAAUUUUUUCUUCUAUCUGUGUCGCACUCAUUUGGAAAUUCCAACUAUUUCACUUUAGUCACUAGUUUUUGUGGAACUUUUCGAUACAAACAUUAAGUGAGUGAUUGAUACAAUGUGUGGUUUUCUGCUAAAAUUAGAGUGAUUAGUGUGAGCAUGUUGUGUAUUUGCUUAACGUUAAAUUUUUACUGACCGAUUCACACAUAUUCUGAACCGAAACACUGAAUUUCUUGUACGCUUACCACUCGACCAUAUUCAACUUCAAUUGAUUCAGUGGCGCGAUUAUGCGAAUUACAUUGCAUAAUCAUCGUUUUUUUUAAGUGGAUGUGAAUAAAACUUCAAUUACGAAUAAUGCUAAUUAAAUGACAUUGUUUAUUUGUUUCUAUUUUUCGCCGAAAAAUGUUGGUUUCGCUGGUACUGCGAGCCAAAUUCGUAAUUCGUCAGUGUUUUCUCGUGAACAUUCAGUUUAUGUCAUGUUUAUGAUUUGUUUAAUAUACAGAAUGCAAACUUAUGAAUAAUUGCAUUUAUCUGUUCACAGUAAAAUCGUAUAGUUUAUUAACCAUUUUGCGCAAUUGAUGUAAGAAUGUUUCUCAAUUUAAGCAAAUUGACGCGAUUUUAAUGAUUCGAACGAUAUGUUUUGUAAAUAAUUGGAUAAAUUUUAGCGCUUAUCAAUUUUCAUUUCGGAUGUUUUAAAACACUGUGUUUAUUUUAAAUUGGUCGCAAGUCAUUUUUUCUCAUGAACAAAUAGAGUAAUCAAUAAAUGGUUUAUUUUUUUCAAAUGGUCAACAAUUGAAAAACGAGUCGAGCAACACUCAUCAAGGUCAACACUCAUCGAUAUCUCAUGCAUGUAAACACUUUUGAACGGUGAACAAUUUUAAGUUUUUCGUUUUCCGCGCUUCGAAUUUUUUGUUUGUCAUACAGCAAAUACAACUGUAUAGUACUUGUAUGGGAUUGUAGACUUUUUUUUUGCUUAAAGAACUAAUAUGCGCCAUCUCUAGUUUUUUAAAUGAAGUUAAUUUAGUUCUCUUUCUUUUCUCCACAUUUACAUGUUAUUUCGUGAGAAAUUCUUCUGAGCCUUCAAUUCGGUUCGAAAAUCUCUCCACACCAAAAGAUGUCAUUGCUGUAAUGUGUGUUUUGACUAUUUCUGAAUAGCCGUACAUGCUUGAGCAAAUACAUCGGUGAAUAAGUGAAAUCGCUAUGUGUUUUAGAGAAGCGAAGAGAAAAAAGUGUCCGUGAAUUUGUUUAUCGAUCAAUAUAUCAAGGGCAGUCGGUUACCGUUUUAUAAAUGCCGACACCAAUUACAUACAUUGUAUUUCAUUAAAUGCUGAUGUCAAAUUUUUACUCUUCGAUUUCAAUGAAUCUCUUUGGUCGGUUUGAAUUACAUUCCGUUUGCAAAAAAGACUCAAAUAUCCGAUUUGUUAACAACGCAAAUUAUAAUAACUAAUCAGAUUACAUAUUCCAUCUCAGUGAUUUGCAUUUCGCAGUGUAGAUUUGCAUACAGAACGAGUCAGCUAUUCGCAAAAUAAAUGGUGUACCAAUGUGUGUGUGUCACAACAGAUUGUGUUCAGUUGACUGAAACGAAACCGAUUGUUCUUUUUUUCAUUCUCACAACAACUGUUUUUCUCCCCUCCUCUCUUUUUUUUUGAACUUUUGUUCAAAUCGGUCUCAUAUAAAAACGCAUGAGUCAUUGGGGUGCCGUUCGUACCGAUGAUGUUCCGAAAAACAAAUUGGUUCGCAUUAUUAUUUGAUUUGGAGAAUAAUUUUUCUACCCACCAUGUGACUGAUAUCAGAUGUGUAUACAUCCGGAAUUAUCAUAUAAAGCACUCAGUCAAAUUGUAUGACAUCAUUUUUAAUUGAACUGUAAAUACAGUUCAGUUAUAUGAAACGCGUAACAGACAGCUGAUAAUCCGUUUUUUUAUCAUCUGUCUUGGUUUCAACACACGGAAAAAUCGCAUGCCAAACACACUCUUUUGUAGACAUUUGCAACGAUAAAACGUUUAUUUGUUGAAAAAAAAAACGCUCUUCUUUGCGAUAAUAAGUACACUUGCCGACACUUGCAUUCUUCGCUCAUUGGGAAACGACGAUAUUUGAAUUGGAUUUUACGUGUGGAUUAAACAAGAACUGAAGCUACAACAUGGGUCUGCUGUCAGAAGGAAGUCCAUUGACAUGGGAAGAAACGAAAAAAUUAUCGAAACAUGUUCGUAAGCACGGCAUCGAGCAAUUCAUUAACCUUUAUCGCCGGCUCAAGGACCGUACCGGUGACAUUUUGAAAUGGGGUGACGAGGUGGAAUACAUUUUGGUCAAAUUUGAUGAUAAGAACAAGGUCGCUCGUGUGUCCCUACGCGCUCCAGAAUUAUUGACUAUUUUAAAUCAAAGGGAAGCAGACGAUCCAAACGGUGUAAAGUCACUAUGGCGUCCAGAAUAUGGAGCCUAUAUGAUUGAAGGAACACCUGGUCAGCCGUACGGUGGUCUGAUGGCGCAUUUCAAUGUUGUGGAAGCAAAUAUGAGAUACAGACGACAAGAAGUAAUGGAACUAUUGCAAGAUGACGAGGUUGUGAUGUCAUUGACGAAUUUUCCACGCUUAGGAGCACCAGAUUUUACUUGGCCUAUUUAUAAAACCCAACCGGAUAAUGAAGAGAGCGCAGCUCGUUCAUUGUACUUUCCAGAUGAAGCCAUUUUCCCCGGUCAUCCACGCUUCAAAACAUUGACAAGGAACAUUCGACAGCGACGCGGUGAAAAAGUCAACAUCAGAUUGAAUGUGUUUAAGGAUGAGAACACCGAAAUUCCAGUCGAGGGGGCACCAGCCGAUCAACCAGAUGCCGUUCACAUGGAUGCCAUGGGCUUUGGAAUGGGAUGUUGUUGCUUGCAGUUGACAUUCCAGGCGUGUAACAUAAUCGAAGCUCGUACACUGUACGAUCAAUUGACUCCAUUGUGUCCGAUUAUGUUGGCACUGACAGCAGCUUCGCCCGUUUUUCGUGGCUACCUUGUUGAUUCGGAUUGUCGCUGGAAUGUUAUAAGUGCAUCGGUUGACUGUCGAACGGCUGAGGAGCGUGGCGAAGUGUCACUCAAAGAAAACCAAUUCAGGAUACAAAAGUCGAGAUAUGAUUCAAUUGAUUCAUAUCUAUCGCCGGAAGGAGAAAAAUACAAUGACGUGCCUUUGGUAUAUGAUGAAAAGAUUUAUCAAAAAUUACGAGACGGUGACAUUGAUCACUUGUUGGCUCAGCACAUUGCUCAUUUGUUUAUUCGUGAUUCGGUGUCUUUGUUCAGUGAGAAAGUCCAUCAAAAUGACGAAGAAGAUACAGAUCACUUUGAAAAUAUCCAAUCGACCAAUUGGCAGACCAUGAGAUUUAAACCGCCCCCAAUGAAUUCAAAGAUAGGAUGGCGCGUAGAAUUCCGGCCGUGCGAAGCUCAACUCACCGAUUUUGAAAAUGCUGGCAUCGUUUGUUUCGUCGUCCUGUUGACACGUGUUAUCCUUUCUUAUCACUUGAACUUUUUGAUUCCAAUCAGCAAAGUGGAUGAGAACAUGAAAAAAGCACAAAAACGCAACGCUUGCCGCGACGAACGAUUUUGGUUUCGAAAGAAUAUCAAUAGCAAAGGUGUAAAUAAUCACAAUGAAUCGAUUAACCAAAAUGGUGAAACGUCAAUCAAUGACGAAUACGAACUUAUGACUAUCGAUCAAAUCAUCAACGGAAACGGAUCAUCGUUCCCCGGCUUAAUUCCAUUAAUUAACAGUUAUUUGUCAUCGAUGGAUGUGGACGCAGACACACACUGUACUAUACAACGAUACAUUCGUUUAAUUCAACGACGAGCUGCUGGCGAUCUGCUGACCACAGCAUCAUGGAUUCGACAAGAAGUUACCAACCAUCCAGAAUACAAGAAGGAUUCCGUUGUUUCUGAUCGCAUCAACUACGAUUUGCUCAAGAAGGCGAAGGAAAUACAGGAGGGCACACGGUCAUGCGAAGAGUUGCUCGGUCGAUGCACUCAAUCCAAGACGAAAGAAACCAUUCCCUCAGCAAUUCAAAAGCAUUUGAGUGCUUAAAUUCACACACAUAUUUCUUCGAUUGAAGAUUUAAACACAUUCAUAUAUAUUUUAUGGUGCAUAUAUUCAUUUAAUCGAUUUGAUAAUGCCUAAUGAAGUUAAAAAAAAGUUAGUUGAACACAUAUUUUAGCAGCUCUACAAACAUACGAAUUUUCCAUGUUAAUUUCGUUAAAGUUCAAGUUGUUUUUUAGAAGAAAAAAAAUAAGAAGAGAAGGAAUAUUUUAAGCUUAAAAUCUUAGAUGGUGCAUUUUAACAACAGUCAUUUUUAAACAAAUUGAAGAAUUUAUAUUCUAUGAAAAGAAAGAAGAAGCAAAAUAACAAAUCCCUGAAUCGCAGGCUGCACGUUAAAUUUUAAUAUGUACAUCAUUUUUUUCCGUUUGUUGUGAAAUUGUUCAUUUUACUAAAAAAAAGAAAUAAAGAUUUUAUUUUACAAUUCGAUCAAUGCAACAAA